CACAAGGGUGCGCUCGGGGGUUGGAGCAGGUGGUCUUUGAGAACAUGGCGUCGCUCAAUUGUAGCACGAGCGUCUGCGUGAUCUGCUUGGAGAAGCCCAAAUACCGCUGCCCGGCCUGUCGCGUGCCUUACUGCUCCGUGGCCUGCUUCCGGAAGCACAAAGAGCAGUGCAACCCCAGAACUUGCCUUGUUAAGAAAAAAAUAAGUUCAGCUGUUGCUGCAAGAACUAUAACGCCUGUGGACAACAAAGAUGACGACUCAUCUAUAGCUGAUUUUCUCAAUAGUGAUGAAGAAGAGGAUAGAGUUUCCCUUCAGAAUUUGAAGAAUCUAGGGGAAUCUGCAACAUUAAGAAGCUUGUUGCUCAAUCCACACCUUAAACAGUUGAUGGUCAGCCUCGACCAGGGGGACGACAAAGCAAAGCUUCUGAGAGCUUAUAUGCAAGAGCCUUUGUUUGUGGAGUUUGCGGACUGCUGUUUAAGGAUUGUGGAACCGGCCCAGAGUGAGUCUUCUUAAGAUUGAUUAUGGUGCUGCUCGCUGAAACAUGUGCUUGACUCCCAAAGCCUGGCCCCUCCUUCUCCCAAGAGACCAGCUAGUGUGGAGAAAAGCCCUGCCAGAGCCCUAAGCAAGGCAGGUGGAUUCCAGGAUGCACCCUAGCUGAUGUGGGUUAUGCAAGUCUUCACCUCCAUUGAUGUGGACUUGUUUCAGGCAAAUGAAAUAUCAAAGUGGCAGACCCUUUAUGGAGAGAAAAACUUGACAUUCAUAUGGUUGUUUUUAAGUGUUUUAUUUUUGGUACAGUUAAGAUAGCCUUUAUGUCUGAUAUUUACCAAUUUUUAUACCCAUUUGAGUUAAAAACUUUGUUAUUAAAUAAAAUCAAGAUA